AUGCUGGAUUGUGCGAAGCCAAUUAGCAGCAAUGAAGCCAGAACGGAACGGGCAAAAAAUAUCGACCAAGAGAGUUAUAUGUGUAUAUGCAAACAACAAAAUAAGACAUCAAAUCAGCUGCUUGAAGAAGAUGCGGAAUUUUUGGCACUGCAGCAGCAGCAGGAAAUUGCAGGACAAAAAAGUGGAAUUGAAGGAAGUCGGAACUUUCCUGGGUGA